AUGUGUUGCUCUGGUGGGAAAGUCUUACUUCCACGUGUUCCUCCUCCACAUGAGCUUCUUCAAAUAUUUUCAGAUCAAACAUCUGAAAGUAGACAUUUUAGACAACAUAUAAGAAGUUACAAUCAUGUCUUCUCAUUCACUUCUCUUGGUGUUCAUAUGGAUGAAACUAUAGUAGCAAAUGGUCGUGGUAUAUAUAGUUUUCGUGCUCAAGGUGCAAUCUAUCAUAGGAUAGGAGGAUUUUAUCCAAAUGAUGGGUCCAGACCCCGGUUUUUGCAGUUGUACAUUUAUGACACUGAACAUGAAUUACAAAAUAGGAUGUUGGAAAACCCUCAACUUCAUCAAAAUAUUGUUCAUAAAUUACAACAAAUAUUACACCGGUGCAAUCCUUUUGUGCAUGUAUUUCGACAACUUGCUGAAGAACCAAAUAUUCAGAUAUGUUCUUUACUCAUUAAAGAGCGUCCUGCGAAUCAACCACAGUAUAAUCUUCCAACUGCAUCUCAAGUAGCAGCUAUUAUUGUUACUGCAGACACAAAAUCAAUGGCACGUGGCCGAGAUAUUAAAGUUGUAGGUCAUGAUGGAAAUUUAAUAAACAUACAAGAAACCGUAGGAUAUUAUGAUCCUUUACAAUAUCCUUUAUUAUUUCCAUUUGGAACAUAUGGCUGGGACACCAACACAAAAAAUCAUAAUGGCCAAAGUAUCUCUUGCCGAGAAUAUUAUAGUUUCAUGCUUCAGAUUCGUCCAAAUGAUCAGUCUGUAAUAUUACAAGCGGGACGACUUUUACAACAAUAUGUUGUAGAUAACUACGUUAAGAUUGAGACCGGAAGGUUACGAUGGAUUCGUAAUCAUCAAAACAACAUUCGUGCUGAAGUGUACCAAGGUUUGCAGGAUGCUUUGCAUGAAGGACAAACUCACGCAGAUACUGUUGGAAAGAGGACAAUAUUACCAUCGUCAUUUAUUGGUAGUCGUCGAGACUUGACACAACGAUAUCAAGAUGGUAUGGCAAUUGUUGCUCACAAUGGAAAACCUGAUAUUUUUCUUACAAUGACAUGCAAUCCAUCUUGGAGUGAAAUUUCUUCUGAACUACAAAAUCAACAAACUCCACAAGAUCGCCCUGACUUGCUCACAAGAAUCUUUCGAGUAAAAUUUGAGCAAUUGAAGGAAGAUGUUGUUAAUAAAGGAGUCCUCGGAAAAGUUAAUAGUUAUAUGUAUGUUACUGAAUUUCAAAAACGUGGGUUGCCGCAUGUACAUAUGCUAUUGAUCUUAGAUAAUAAUGAUAAGUUACGUGAUCCACAAGAUUAUGAUAGCAUUGUGAGGGCAGAAAUACCAAAUAAGGCAGAAGAACCACAAUUGCAUGAAGCUGUGUUGAAACACAUGAUACAUGGUCAUUGCGGAACUCUCAAUCCUAGAUCACCAUGUAUGAAGCGCAAUCAAUGCCAAAAGAGAUUUCCCAAGGAUUUCUUGGAAGAAACACGACAAGGUAAUGAUUCAUAUCCACAAUAUAGAAGACGUUUUGAUGAACCAAUUUCCAUAAAUAGAAAUGUGACUGUUGACAAUAGAUGGGUGGUUCCUUAUAAUCCUUGGUUACUCUUAAAAUACGACUGUCAUAUAAAUGUUGAAGUCUGCAGCAACAUCAAAAGUAUUAAAUAUUUGUAUAAGUAUGUUUACAAAGGACCGGAUCGAGUAGCAAUGGAGAUUCAUAAAGGACCAAUUAUAGAUGAAGUCCAGCAAUAUCUCGAUGCUAGAUGGAUUUGUGCUCCCGAGGCUUUAUGGAAAAUCUUCAGAUUUACAAUCUAUCGAAUGAAUCCAGCUGUUGAAAGAUUGCAAAUUCAUUUACCAAAUCGACAACAAGUGCGAUUUUAUAAGCACCAAAACAUCAAUGACGUGUUGAAUGAUGAUAACAACUCCAAAACCAUGCUCACACAAUUUUUUGCACUCAAUCAAAGAGAUCCCCAAUCUAGAACAUUUUUGUAUCGGGAAAUUCCAGAGCAUUAUUGUUGGAAUAAUAGACAUAAGGAAUGGUAUCCAAGAAGGUCAAACAAGAAAGUUAUCGGCCGAAUGUAUACUGUAUCUCCUUCUGAAGGAGAUAAGUUCUUCUUGCGGGUUUUGCUUUCUCACAUAAGAGGACCAACCAGUUGGGAAUAUCUAUUAUCACCAAAUGAAACAUAUUGUCACACAUUCAACAAGGCGACUGAGAAAUGGGGAUUUUUAGAAAGUGACAAUAGUAUUCAUGAAUGCUUAGUUGAAGCAUCAACUUUACAAAUGCCAUAUGCUUUACGAAGACUAUUUGUGACCAUAUUACUUUUUUGUGAACCAACUGAUAUUAGAAGCCUUUGGAAUCACUUCCACACCUAUAUGCUAGAAGAUUAUACUUCAACCAACACUUCUGUCAAUGAGAACUUGAUUCCUAUGUUAUUGAGGGAUUUAAAUGACUUUUUAAUUCAGCAUGGUAAAACAAUCAAGGAUUUUGAUUUGCCACCUUUAUCUUAUGAUGCAUUGGCAACUACUUCAGUACCAAGAAUUAUACAAGAAGAAUUAUCAAUACAGAUACCUAAUGAAGAUGUUGACAAUGUACACAGAUUGAAUCAUGACCAACUCAUUGCCUUCAAUACCAUUUUAGAUGUAAUCAACCGUAAUCAAAGUCAAGUCUUUUUUGUGGAUGGACCAGGCGGAACCGGUAAAACAUUUCUUUAUCGUACUUUAAUUGCACAUUGUAGGAGCAACGGUCAAAUUAUUUUAGCUACAGCCUCCUCUGGUAUAGCAGCAACAUUAUUACCGGGUGGUAGAACUGCACAUUCUCGAUUUAAAAUACCUAUCAAUAUCGAGGCCGGUUCAUUUUGUUCUAUAAGUAAACAAUCAGAUCUUGCAAAACUAAUAAAAAUAGCAAAGGCAAUUAUUUGGGAUGAAGCACCCAUGAUUAACAGAUAUGUUUUGGAGGCACUAGAUCGAACAUUAAAGGACAUUCUAGAUUCUGAUGCUCCAUUUGGGGGGAAAGUGAUCAUAUUAGGAGGUGAUUUUCGUCAGGUACUGCCAGUUGUUCAAAAAGGUACAAAAGCACAAAUGAUUUCUGCCUGUAUUAUUAACUCUCAUUUAUGGAGUAACACAAAGAUAUUACAUUUACAACAAAACAUGAGAUCAUUACAAGAUCACAAUUUUGCUGAAUAUCUCAUGCGCAUUGGAGAUGGUAUUGAACCAACACAAGUUGAUGACAUGGUUAAAAUACCCCAACAACUAGCAAUAUCAUGGGAAGGAGAAACCUCAAUACAACACCUCAUACACCAAACUUUUUCUCAGUUACAAUUUCAUACAUGGGAUGCAUCUUAUAUGGCUGAACGAGCCAUACUAACUCCAAAAAAUGAAGAUGUAGAAAAACUUAAUGACAUAAUUAUCGAUCUAUUUCCAGGAGAAGAUCGUAAUUUGUUGUCAUUUGAUGAGGUUGAAGGAGACACAUAUCAUUUAUACCAACAUGAGUACUUACACACUAUUUGUCCAGGAGGUUUGCCACCACAUAACUUAAAGGUUAAAAAAGGAUCACCGUUAAUGUUGUUGCGAAACAUAGACCCUAAAUCUGGGUUAUGUAAUGGGACAAGAUUAUUAUGUCGUGGGUUCUAUAUGAACAUGCUGGAUGUUGAAAUAUUGACAGGUCACCAUGCAGGAAAAAGAGCUUUCUUACCAAGAAUUAAACAUAAAACAACAGAGAGUGCAGGUCUUCCUUUUGUGCUUAUUAGGAAACAAUUCCCUGUGAGAUUGAGUUUUGCAAUUACUAUAAAUAAAUCACAAGGACAAACUAUACCUACCGUUGGAAUUUACCUUCCACGACAUGUUUUUAGCCAUGGUCAAUUAUAUGUUGCUUUAUCAAGAGGUGUUUCUCAAACUUCCACAAAAAUCCUUAUUAAAGAAGGACACCUUGAAGGACAAGAAGGCAUUUUUACCAAGAAUGUUGUUUAUAAGGAAAUUUUGUUAUCUCAAAACUAG